AUGUCAUUAUUAGCAAGAUCUAGUUUUAUAAUAAAGAUGAGGCACAUAAUAAAUGCUCGUUAUCUUAAUUAUGUGCAAGGACAGGAACCGGAACCAAAAAUUCGGGAAUAUUUUUAUUAUAUUGAUCAUCAGGGUAUGUUAUUUUUGGACGAUUCUAAAAUGAAAAACUUUACAUCAUGUUUUAAAGAAAAAAAGUUUUUAGAAUUUUUCUUUAAAAGAAUUCGCUUAAAUAGAACUGGGAGAUACGAAAAUGAAUUUCCAUAUAUUUCAUUAUGUGGACGAGAGAGAAAUUAUAUAAGAUGUGAUGAUGUUCCAAUUGUUUAUACACAUCUAAUUACACAAAAUGAUGAUUAUUUGACAUAUGGAUAUGCAGGGGACUUACUAAAAAUAAAAUUUGAACCAAAUAAAAUAUACAUGUUACCAAAUACAGGUAGAGUUUACCAUCCUGCUGAAGAAAAAUUUGGUGGAAUAGGACUGGUCAGAUCGAAGCUUGCCAUUGAACUUAGCAAAAAUUUUGAAUUUCAUAAUGGUGAAAACCAAUCACCUACGCAUUUCAACUGGAAAGAAACUAAUAAUAGAAUUGAUCAAGACUGGUUUUUCGAUACUAUAAGAAAACAUAAUAUUAGAAUAAAAGUAAACCCUGAUUAG